CACUCAGUGAGCGGCGGCCGACCGUGCAGGAUGUCGACCAGAGUAGCCGUAGUGACUGGCGCGAACAAAGGCAUCGGUUUUGCCAUAGUCAAGGCUCUAUGUCAGAAAUUUGAUGGCGUAGUGUAUUUGACUUCUCGUGAUGAGACUCGGGGCCAGCAAUCUCUCAGUGAGCUGAAGCAGCUCGGCCUGAGCCCUGAGUUCCACCAACUGGAUGUCGCUGAUAAGGACAGCGUCAAACGAUUCGCGGACCACAUCGAAAAGAAGCACGGGGGCAUCGACAUUCUCAUCAACAACGCCGGCGUUGCUAACGGAAUUCAAAUUGGGAGACCUUACGAAGAGAACAAAGCCAUUGUUGACAUCAACUACUUCAGCAUUUUGACCAUCAAGGAGUAUCUGUUCCCGUUGCUGCGGGACAAGGCACGUGUGUUAAACAUCUCCAGUGACUGUGGUCAUUUAUCCAAUGUCAAAAAUAAGUACUGGCUGGAGAGGUUAUCCAAAAAAGAUCUGACGGUCGAAAUUAUUAACGAAUUCGUUAACUGGUAUCUAGAGUCCGAGAAGAACGGAAGCUUUAACCCUGAAGAUAUGGUUGAAGGAGGAAUCUUAGCCGCAUAUAGAGUAGCCAAGGUGGCUCUCAGUGCUAUCACCAUGGUCCAUCAGAAAGAGCUAGAAGCUAGGAACAUUGUGGUGAACUCUAUGCAUCCAGGGCUGGUGAGGACUGACAUGACGACCGGGAGAGGCUUUUAUAGUGCAGACGACGCUGCCAAAACUCCUGUGUAUUUGGUACUGGAAGCUCCAGACACGCUGAAGGGCGCAUAUGUAUGGUACGACGGUCAGGUCAUAGACUGGUAUGAUUAUAAUGGAGACUAUGCCUUCAAGUCCUCAACAUUGUUAGAUUAACAAGUACAAUCAUCGUAUGAAUAUUAAAAAUAUAAAAUAAC